AUGCCGAGGGCAACAGUCGAAACGGAGUCCAUCGAUAUUAACGAUGAUCCUUCGUAUACAACCAAUGAUUCACCAAAGCGAAAUUCUUCCAGUGAAAACAUAGAUAUUGACUCUGAAAAGUCUUAUCCAAAUGAGAAAAUUCAGUCAAAUAAUCUUCAUUCCAAUCAAUUAUCUGUUAAUGAUGUUCGUGAUGAUGACGAACUAAGUAACGACGAACAAGAGAAACACUUCGAUGCAGAAAUUGAGGAAAUCGACGCUAUACAAAAUAUAAAAAGUGAUAUCUUAACUACGCCGGGAACGGCGGAAAUGAUGCAACAGACGUCGACAACUCAACAUCGAUUUCGGUUUUUGUCAAAACUUCCAUUCUUUCGAAAAUCAAAUAAACCAGCAAAGCCUAAAGUUCGCCGCUUGAAAGUCAUCGAAAUACUUCGAUAUGCAGAUAAAAUUGAUGUUCUAAUAAUGAUUCUUGGCUGCAUUGCUGCAAUCAUUGCCGGAGGUCUUUUUCCAAUAAUGUUAUUUCUGUAUCGAAAAGUAAUCAACAACCUUGUUGAGUUGGGAAAAGAGCAAGCAAAUAGUACAGCUAUUGGUCUUGUGAUCGGCAAUAGCGGCGGAUGUCUCAAUACCCCAGAUAACAGUACUGACUCCAGCACUGAAUCACCAUAUGAUGCGAUUCAAGGAAUUAUUAAAUAUUAUAUUACGCUUGGAAUUCUUAGUGUAUUUUUCUAUUGGCUUGCCUGGUCAACUUGGAUGAUCGCUUGUGAAAGACAAGUGCGUCGAAUACGCUACGCUCUUUUUCAAAAUAUUUUGCGACAAGAGAUCGGCUGGUUCGAUGUGCGCAAUGCAGGUGAAUUGAGUAAUCGUCUUAUUGAUGAUAUGGAUAAAAUCAAAAACGGAAUAGGUGAAAAAGUACCGGACUUCAUCUCGCUUUUGUCUCGGGUGUUGGCCUCAUUGAUCUUUGCUCUGUCGGUGGGAUGGAAACUAACCUUAGUAUUCUUAUCGAUUUCACCGUUGAUAAUUAUUUCUUUCAAUGUGACAGUUAGAGUUAUUGUGAAGUAUACGAUAAAAGAAAUUCAAGCAUUUGCAUCGGCGUCAGCAAUUGCGCAAGAAGUACUACAAAAUAUUCGAACGGUGACAGCUUUUCAUGGACAGAAAAAGGAAGAGGAAAGAUUCGCUCAAAAUUUGAUCACGGCACAGAAAAUGGGCCUAAAAAAAGGUUUCUUUAUGGGACUGUCUCAAGGUUUCUCUCAGAUCGCUAAUUUCGCUGCAUUUGCUAUUACAUUUUGGUAUGGUCCUCAACUGGUUCGAACCGAAUGUGAAAAUUAUUCUCCUGGUAGUGUUCUCGUGGUGUUUAUCGCUUGUAUGGUUGCAACAAUGAGUACAGCAUUAUUUAUACCAAAUUUUCAGAACUUUGCAGAAGCAUUAGCAAGUGGCCGCUAUGUCUUCGAUAUAAUUGAUCGAAAAACAAAAAUAGAUGCAAGCAAUGACGAAGGCGAGAAGCCUCAAACUAUCGUCGGUGACAUUGAGUUUAAAGAUGUAAUAUUUACCUACCCUUCAAGACCGGAAGCACCUAUUUUGAACAAACUAUCGUUGACAAUUCCAUCGGGUAAAACUGUUGCACUUGUCGGAGCAUCUGGCUGUGGAAAAAGUACCACCAUUCAGCUUAUUCAACGAUUCUAUGAUCCCGAAGAAGGACUAGUUCUUCUCGAUGGCAGAGACAUCAAAACUCUCAACGUCGCUUGGCUUCGAUCACACAUCGGCAUUGUCAGUCAAGAGCCGGUUCUCUUCACUGGAUCGAUCGAAGAAAACAUUCGAUUUGGAAAACCAGAUGCAACUGAUGAUGAAGUACAAUAUGCAGCUAAGAUGGCCAAUGCACAUGAUUUCAUCAUGGAACUUCCAGAAAAUUACAAGACGUCGUCGGGAGACAAACUAAGUGGUGGACAAAAACAACGAGUGGCGAUUGCUCGUGCAUUGAUAUCGAAUCCGAGGAUUUUGCUGUUAGACGAAGCAACAAGUGCACUUGACAAUACAAGUGAACGUGUUGUACAAGAUGCAUUGGAUCGAGCGAAGCAAGGUCGAACAACGAUCGUGAUUGCUCAUCGUUUGAGUACAAUUCGAAAUGCUGAUUUGAUAGUCGGUCUCGAACAGGGACGAGUGGUCGAACAUGGCACACAUGAUGAUCUGAUGGAAAAGAAAGGUCUCUACUAUGAAUUAGUAACGGCGCAAACUGAAAAGGAAAAAGAAAAAGAAGCUGAUCCCGAUAGUGACAAAGAAGAAGAAGAUGAAGCUGAAAAAGAAUUUCUUCGUCAACGAUCAGCUAAACGCAGCAUAUCAAAACAAUCCAGCAUUUCAGGGAACGAUUUAGAAGAUGAUGAUGACGAUAUUGACGAUGCAGUAGCAUCAACUGACCCUUCAAAGAAGAAGAAACGUUUUCGUACUCCGUUCAUAUUCAAAAUUUUAAAAUUUAACGCGCCAGAGUGGCCUUGGAUUGUUCUGGGCGUGUCAUCGUCUUUACUCUAUGGUGCCAUGCAGCCACUAUUUGCAUUAUUUUUCUCCCAAAUCUACAGCUUAUUUGCUGAGCCAAGUAUUGAUGAACAGAAACGCUUGACGAGUGUCUAUGCAGGGCUCAUCUUUCUCAUUGGUUUCGUCGGUGGAACUGCUCAAUUUUGCGAAUCUUAUGCCUUUUCAAGAUCGGGCGAAGCAUUGACAAAACGUAUGCGAAUUUUGACAUUUUCUGCAAUGCUUCGUCAAGAGAUGGGCUACUUCGAUAUGGAAUCAAACUCAGUCGGUGCACUCGUAACUCGACUAUCGUCGGAUGCAGCUGCUUUAAAAGGAAUGACCGGUGUUCGCAUCGGUAUUUUGGUGCAAGCUUUGAGCGCAGUGAUAGUAGCGCUCAGUAUUGCAUUUUCAUCCGGCUGGAAACUAGCAUUAGUUGUUCUAUGUUUUGUUCCGGUUAUGGUAUUGAUGGGCAAACUUCAAGGACAAAAGCAAGGCAAAGCAGGUCAAGCGAAAGAUAAAGAUUCAUUUGCUGAGAAAGGCGGACAAUAUUCGGCACAAUCUAUUGAACAGAUUCGAACUGUGGUUGCACUUCACCGUGAACAACACUUCAUUCAUCUCUAUGAGGAUGCAUUCAACCAAGAGUUCAAGAAGCAAAUGCGUGGACUACAUUUUAUUGCUCUCGGCGCUGCAGUUGCAAAUUCAGUGAUGUACUUUCUCCAUAGUGCAAGUUUUGGAUAUGGUAGCAAGCUAGUUGUGGACAAUGAAAUGCGUUUUGAUAAAGUAAUCAGAGUUUUUGGUGUUAUCACUUUCGCUAUGAUAACCGUCGGGCGUUCAAUGGCGAUGAUUCCUGACUAUUCGAAAGGAAAAAUGGCAGCAUUGAGAAUCAUUCGACUUCAUAAGCGACAAUCACAAAUCAAUCCUCAAGAUGACUCGGGUAUCGUCCUGAAAGAUGUUAUCGGUAAUAUUGAAUUUCGUGAUAUUCGAUUUCGAUAUCCAAGUCGGCCAACUCUACGUAUUCUUCGAGACUUUUCUUUGGAAUGUCCGUCAGGCGGUACCACUGCACUUGUCGGCCCAUCGGGCAGUGGAAAGUCAACUACAAUUGGCCUAUUAGAACGCUUCUACGAUCCAAUAAAAGGCAAAGUUUUACUCGAUGGUCAUGAUAUAAAAAUUCUCAAUCUUCAGUGGCUUCGAUCAAUUAUGGGUCUUGUACAACAAGAACCAGUCUUGUUUAAUUUGUCUAUUCGAGAUAAUAUUGCUUAUGGAGACAAUAGCCGAGAAGUAACACAAGAGGAAAUUGAAAAGGCUGCACGCAUGGCUAAUAUCCAUGAAUUAAUCAUUGCAUUACCUAAUGGCUAUGAAACAUCAUGUGGAGCAAAAGGUAGCCAAUUAUCCGGUGGGCAAAAACAACGAAUUGCUAUUGCUCGAGCUUUGGUUCGCUCGCCGAAAAUUCUUCUUCUCGAUGAAGCCACAUCAGCUUUAGAUAAUAAGAGCGAAAAGGUCGUACAAGCAGCAUUGGAUAAAGCAAGAUCUGGUCGAACAUGUCUGACAAUUGCUCAUCGUUUGACAACUAUACAGAAUUCAGAGAAAAUUGCUGUAGUCGAUCGAGGAAGAAUGAAAGAAGAGGGUACACAUAAUGAACUUUUACAUCAGGAUGGAGUCUAUGCUAAACUAGCAUUAUCUCAGAAAAGAGCAUCUUAA